AUGAAAAGACAACAGGACCUCAGCCAGUUUUUCAAGAAACGAUCCAAAACUUCCGAAGGAAUCGAGAACAGCGCAACCACUCAAAGCGCUUCCGCCGAGAGUUCAUCACAGCCUGAAGCCUCGACCUCUAACGAAAUCAUCGAUGUAGUUGGCAAGCUGAUCAGGAGGAAAAUUGUGGAGGAGGUGAACACAGCGAAGUUUUUCACGGUUCUAGUGGACGAGACCGUAGAUGUCAGUAAAGCUGAUCAGCUUACCGUCUGUCUUCGCUAUGUUACCCCGAAGGACGGUCAGCAAGUCCUACGAGAAAGCUUCCUCUCGUUUUGCGUCGUCAAAAGCAAAACAGGCGCCGCGUUGGCCGAAAGUAUCCUGAAGCUUCUUCGAGACGAAGGAAUUGUUGUCAGCAACAUGAGAGGUCAGGGCUACGAUGGUUGCAGUUCGAUGAGUGGGAUCUACAAAGGAGUACAAGCCGAAUUGAGGAAAGUAGUUCCUCAGGCUCUGUAUUUCCAUUGCGCUAGCCAUUGUCUGAAUCUUGCGAUCGCACACUCGGUUGAUAAUACGAGUAUCAAACUGACCAUUGGUACGAUUGCCAGCACAUGUGCUUUCAUCAGUGCAUCCUCGCACCGGGUGCGUCUUCUCCAGGACUCGGUGGAGUUAAACUUGCCGGAGUCAAGCGCCAGGCGACUCAAACCCCUGUGCCCCACGCGGUGGGUGGAGAGCCACAAAGCGUACAUUACAUUCAGAGAGCUUCUGGUUCCCAUCGUCCGCACCUUGGAAGCGCUUGCCAACGAGCCGGGAGAUCAAGGAGCUCGAGCCAAUGAGCUGCUGUCUACGAUUUGCAAGUGCGGAUUUGUGGUCUCUCUUUUCGUCCUGGAACGCUUCGCGGCCCUCUUCCUCCCCCUGUCUGUUCAACUGCAGGCCAGGGAUCUCGAUAUUUUCGAAGCGCAAGAGGCAAUCGAAAGCAUCGCAACUGUGCUAAGAGCCUCCAGAGGAGACGCGGAACGAGAUUUCAGAGAGAUUUUCGCGGAAGCGUCGUCGAUUUGCGCAGAGCUCGAAGUGGACGUUCGCUUGCCACGACUUUGCGGCAGGCAGAUCCACCGAGAAAAUCAUUCCGUUGAUGGAGUUGAAGAUUAUUUCCGUAUUUCGGUGUAUAUACCGUAUGCCGACCGGCUUAUCGAGGAGUUUGACUCCAUGUUUGAAGGCAUUCGGGAGCAUGCGACCAAACUCCAGUUUCUGCUGCCGAAGUUCGUAGAGAACAGCUCAUUCGACGAUCUGGCAGACGCUCUCGUGUUCUACGAAACUGACUUGAAUUGCGAAGAUAGCGUGGUUCGCGAGGAGUACCGUAGAUGGAAAAUCAAGUGGAGUAGCGUCCCAGGAGGCGCGAAGCCGGCAACGGCAAUAGACGCUCUCAAUCAUUGUUCACCUAGGUAUUUUCCGAAGAUAGCGACCCUCUUGCAGAUCUUCGCAACUCUCCCUGUCACGACAGCCUCCGCUGAGCGAACUUUCAGUUGUUUGCGACUGUUGAAAACGUAUCUUCGAUCAGUCAUGAUUGAGGAAAGGUUGAACGGACUGACUUCAAUGCAUUUGCAGCCUGACAUUUCCGUCACUCCUGAGGAAGUUCUCGACGUACUCGCUUUGAAUCCAAGAAAGCUGAACCUUAUACUUUAA